UUCAAGAUGGCCGGGUGUUACAAUGGUGUCUUAGACUUUUGUCGUUAAUUAUAUUUGUAUUGUGUGAAAAUAGUGUUUUUUCACGAUGGCUGACUUAAGUGUUGAUGUACUAAAGCUGCCGGAUGAAAUAAGAGAUAAGCUAGCGGAGUUGGACUUGGAGUUGUCUGAAGGUGACAUCACACAAAAAGGAUAUGAGAAGAAACGCACACGACUCCUUGCGCCAUUCCUCGUCCAACAACAGCCUCAGGCAGGCAAUCAGCCGCUUCGAGGACCGCGUGGCGACGGCAGCAGCAGGCAACACACGAGGAACAGACGCACACAUCGACGGGUCACGCAUAAUGAGAAGAGAUACCAUUCAGAAGUGAGGCAGGAGGCAGUGCAGCAAGCUCUUGCUGAAAUGCAGAAUCGACCAAAGCCAUCACUGCCGAUGCCGUCAAAACGCACAUCGAUGAUGGCAAAAAGUCCUGAUAGGGAAAGGCAUGAUGUCUCAUCGAGUUCUGAUGAAGACUCUUGUGCCGGAGAUCAGGACCUGCCCCCACCUCCUGAGUUGGGUUCGCCACCAGCGAGGCGACCCGCUGCUCCGAAUCCAAGAGCGCAUCCAUUACCAUUACCACAACCUCACUACCAGAGGGAGAAAAAACAUACACCGCGAGAGAAGACAGAAAUUGAUAUAUCGGACGUUACACACCUACCAGCCUACAUCCAACCGGACGUAACGCACACAACAUCAGGGGCACGACGUGGAGGAGCUCUCAUAGCCGAUCGGGUGCAAUGUUACGCACAGCCCGAAGACACGGGCACAGGCACCGGCCGGUGGAAGGUGUCAGCUAAAAUCCAGCAACUAUUGAAUACUUUAAAACGGCCAAAGCGUAGACCGUUACCUGAAUUUUAUGAAGAUGACGACAUAGAGCUGGAGAUAGCGGCUAACCCCAAAGAUCCUAACGCACCAAAACCAGAAGGUGGUACAAUGACCCCAGCUGUGGGGGAACAGUUAGUGGUGCCCGCAGGGUUGCCUAGAAAUUUGGAGGCAGCACUUCAAAGAUAUGGUACAGCUUCGUUCAAAGCGAACGUUGCGAUAGUAUACGAUUCAAAUGGGAAACUCAGUCAAGCGCUCUCAUAUGGUAAACUGUUAAGCCGAUCACUUAAAAUAGCGUACGCUCUCCUCAACAAGACGUUUACAUCCAAAGCUAGUAGCGGAGGUCCCUUGGCCGGGGACAACUCUAUAAAACCCGGUGACAGGGUCGCCCUUGUAUAUCCAAAUAAUGACCCAAUUAACUUUAUAAGUGCAUUUUACGGAUGUUUGCAAGCGGGCGUUGUGCCCGUGCCCAUAGAAGUACCACUGACGAGGCGAGACGCGGGCCUACAACAAGUUGGCUUUUUACUUGGCUCCUGUGGUAUACAGUAUGCGCUUACGUCGGAUGCUUGUAUGAAAGGCCUUCCUAAAACGUCAUCUGGCGACGUGGUAUCGUUUCGCGGAUGGCCACCUCUCCAAUGGGUAUCAACUGAGAGACUCCCUCGCCCCCCGCGCGACUGGAUACCCCCGCCUCGUCCAGCAGAAGACAGUCCAGCGCAUAUAGAACAUACUUCAGCGGCAGAUGGUUCCGCCAUGGGAGUUAUAGUUACGAGGGCUUCAAUGCUGGCUCACUGCCGAAUGCUGUCGGUCGCUUGCAACUACACGGAGGGCGAAUACAUGGUGUGUGUGUUGGAUUUCAAGCGAGAAACGGGCUUAUGGCACGCGGUGUUGGCUAGCGUGCUCAAUGGCAUGCACGUCAUAUUCAUACCGUAUGCCCUCAUGAAGGUCAGCCCCGCUUCGUGGAUGCACAUGAUCACUAAAUACAGGGCUUCAGUAGCUAUAGUCAAGUCGCGGGACCUUCACUGGGGCUUGCUAGCGACUCGCGACCACAAGGAGAUCUCUCUUAGCUCGCUACGCAUGCUGUUGGUGGCUGAUGGUGCCAAUCCCUGGUCUCUGUCUUCGUGUGACCAAUUCCUGUCCGUUUUCCAAAGUAAAGGCGUUCGCGGCGACGCCAUUUGCCCGUGCGCGUGCAGCAGCGAAUCUCUGACGGUGUGCGUGCGUCGCGCGGGGCGGGGCGGGUCGUCGGCCGGCCGCGGGGUCCUCUCCAUGUCGGGUCUCUCGUACGGCGUGGUGCGAGUUGACGCGGAAAACUCGCUGACGUCACUCACGUUGCAAGACUGCGGGCAGGUUAUGCCGUCAUGCGUAAUAGUUGUGGUGAAGAUGGAGGGUCCAGCGUAUCUGUGCAAGACGGACGAAGUGGGCGAGAUCUGCGUUCUGUCCGGCGCGACCGGAUCCGGCUAUUGGGGUCUGCCGGGACUCACCAACACGGUGUUCAGGGUUCAACCCCUGGAUUCGGACGGUGAGCCUAUUGGAGAGGAGCACUAUGUGAGAAGCGGCCUGUUGGGAUUCUUGGGACCCGGAGGCCUAGUAUUCGUGUGCGGCUCCCGGGACGGGCUCAUGACGGUGACAGGGCGCAAACACAAUAUGGAUGACAUCAUAGCGACGGUGCUCGCUGUGGAACCGAUGAAGUUUAUAUACCGCGGUCGGAUAGCGGUGUUCUCUGUGCGCGUGCUGCGAGACGAACGGAUAUGUAUCGUGGCGGAGCAGAGGCCGGACUGUGGAGAGGAGGAGUCCUUCCAAUGGAUGUCGCGUGUUUUGCAAGCCGUGGACUCUAUACACCAAGUCGGCAUAUACUGCCUGGCGCUUGUCCAACCGAACUACUUACCAAAGACGCCUUUGGGAGGUAUACACUUGAGUGAAUGCAAGCGACGGUUCUUGGAGGGCACUUUGCACCCGGCGAAUGUACUGAUGUGCCCGCAUACUUGCGUCACCAAUUUGCCCAAACCGAGGGAAAUACAUUCAGAUGUUGGUCCCGCUUCAGUGAUUGUUGGUAAUUUGGUGCAGGGGAAUAGGCUUGCGUCAGCGCAAGGUCGAGACAUGGGCUAUUCUGAUGACUCGGAUGCUGCAAGAAAGUAUCAAUUCAUUUCGCAAAUUUUGAGAUGGCGAGCACAAAGCACAUCAGAUCAUGUGAUAUUCACUUUGCUCAACUCGAAAGGCGCCGUCGCUAAAGUGUUGACUUGCGCCGAAUUGCACAAGAAAGCGGAAAGAAUCGGCAACUUAUUGUUAGAGAAAGGUCGAGUGAAUACCGGAGACCAUGUAGCUCUAAUAUUCCCACCCGGUCUAGACCUUAUUUGCGCGUUCUACGGGUGUCUAUACGUCGGCGCUGUGCCCGUGACGAUAAGACCGCCUCACCCUCAAAACCUUCACACGACCUUGCCGACUGUCCGGAUGAUAGUCGACGUCAGUAAAGCCACACUAGUCCUCUCGAACCAAUCUGUGAUAAAAUUACUGCGCUCCAAAGAAGCUAGCAACGUUCUCGAUAGCAAGGCCUGGCCGAUCACCCUCGACACCGACGAUAUGCCCAAGAAAAAGCUACCAAUACUGUACAGGGCGCCUACAGCUGAAAUGCUAGCUUAUUUGGACUUUAGCGUGUCUACAACGGGUAUGCUGGCGGGCAUCAAAAUGUCCCACGCGGCUGUCACAUCCCUUUGUCGAUCCAUGAAGAUAGCCUGCGAACUGUACCCAUCGCGCCACAUAGCUCUCUGCUUGGAUCCCUAUUGUGGACUAGGGUUUGCGCUCUGGUGCCUGAGCAGCAUCUAUUCUGGGCACCAUUCCAUUCUAAUUCCACCUUCGGAAGUUGAAAUCAACCCGGCCCUCUGGCUUAGUGCCGUAUCCCAAUACAAAGUGAGAGAUACUUUUUGCUCGUACGGCGUAAUGGAAUUAUGCACCAAAGGCCUCGGCAGCUCAGUGAAUCAGCUUAAAACGAAGGGCAUCAAUUUGGCCUGCGUCAGAACGUGCGUGGUGGUCGCCGAAGAAAGACCCAGAAUUAAUUUGACAAAUUCGUUUUCGAAAUUGUUCUCUGCUCUCGGUUUGAGUCCGCGGGCCGUGUCAACUUCCUUCGGGUGUCGCGUGAACAUUGCCAUAUGUCUGCAAGGCGCUUCCAGUCCGGAACCUUCUACGGUGUACGUGGAUCUUCGCGCGCUGCGCAACGAUAGAGUGUCUCUGGUGGAGCGGGGCAGCCCGCACUCCCUCUGCUUAAUGGAGUCCGGGAAACUAUUGCCCGGUGUGAAAGUGAUCACAGCGAAUCCAGAAACCAAGGGUCAAUGCGGAGAUUCACAUUUGGGCGAGAUUUGGGUGCAAUCGCCUCAUAACGCGAGCGGUUAUUUCACGAUAUACGGCGACGAGAGUGAUUACGCCGACCACUUCAGCGCGCAGCUGGUCACCGGGAACACGGGGGAGGUUUAUGCGAGGACCGGCUACUUGGGCUUCCUCCGGAGAACAGAGAUAAGUGCAACCAGCACCGGGGACGAUAGUACCUCGCUGAGUCUUCGAGAUAGUGAUACGGAGUCACUGGCCAGUGCGUGUGGCAGUGUCAACCUGAGUUCCGAUGUCCACGAUACUCAUGACGCAGUUUUCGUCGUGGGCGCCCUCGACGAGACUAUAAUGCUCCGGGGCAUGAGAUAUCAUCCUAUUGAUAUCGAGAACUCAGUGAUGAGAUGUCACAAGAAGAUCGCCGAAUGUGCGGUGUUCACUUGGACGAAUCUGCUGGUUGUCGUGGUUGAGUUGGACGGAAACGACAGCGAAGCUCUAAACCUCGUGCCGCUCGUCACAAACACUGUUUUGGAAGAGCACCACCUUAUAGUGGGGGUGGUAGUAGUCGUCGACCCCGGAGUGGUACCUAUUAACUCGCGCGGCGAGAAACAAAGAAUGCACCUUCGAGACGGAUUCCUCUCGGACCAAAUCGACGCCAUAUACAUUGCAUACAACAUGUAAGUUCAUUAAUUGUAAGCAUGUAACUGUAUAGAGGUGUAAUGUGAACAUGCCUGAAACACUGUAGCGUUUUACUGAUGUCGGGUAAAUUUAUCUUGUAAAUCGGCCAAUAGCUUUGUCCACAUUGUGCCUUU